AUGGCCACUCGCCUUCAGCCUGAGGCGCCGGCACUGGCCCGCCGCAUCAACAUCCCGCUGACGGCCACCAGCCCGGCCGGGCUGAUCGAGGCCGACACAGUCGAUCCGUGGAACAAAUCAGGCAAAUACGCGCUCGCCUGGACAUACUUUGCCCUGGCCCUGACCGGUUGCGUGGUGGUCGUGCGGUUGUGGCACUACUGGCAGGACAAGAUCCGGCAGGCCAUCUACAAGCAAGAGGUUGAAGAGCACUACCGCAACCUCUAUGUGACGAAUCCGGAGUGGGAGCAGCCGGCAGCGACAGCAGGGAGCCUUGCGGAGCAGGAGGCAGCACAGGCAGCACAGGCAGCACAGGCAGCACAGGCAGCACAGGCAGCACAGGCAGCACAGGCAGCACAGGCAGCACAGGCAGCACAGGCAGCACAGGCAGCGCAGUACGCGCAGUAUGCACAGUACGGGCAGCACGGACCCAAUGGACCCAACGGAACGCCAGCCACGGUCAGCCACGCGUCCAGCCGGCACUUUUUUCCGGAGGAGACGAAGCAGGAGACGGCAUUUCGGCCGACGGGCAACUUCUCAUCGGUCGGACCGGUCAACGACGCGAUCGCACUGUUCCGGUGGCUGUUUUACCGGCCGCUGCCCGACGUUGUGUGGCGCAAGUACCGGUUCACUUUCUCGUCGGUGGCGGUGCUGGCGUGCGGGUUCGUGGCGCUGGCGUUCUCGGCGCUGUACUGCUUCCUGCCACAGCCGCUGUACUGGCAGAGCAUCCGAUUUGGGGCUCCGCCGGUGGCCGUGCGGGCAGGCAUGAUGGCGGUGGCGAUGACGCCGUGGAUCAUCGCGACGAGCACCAAGACCAACGUGCUGACACUGAUCACGGGCAUCGGGCCGGAGCGGCUCAACGUGCUGCACCGCUGGGCAGGCUACCUGUGCCUGUUCCUGUCGCUGGUGCACGCGAUCCCGUUCUACGUGCAGCCAGUGUGGGGCGACGGCGGGAUGGCGGUGUUCCAGCGGCUCUUCUCCAACGGGCUGAUUGUGUACGGCACGGGCAUUGCGUGCCUGGUGCCGCUGAUCUGGCUGUGCGUGGCAUCGCUGCCGAUUGUGCGGCGGGUGGCAUACGAGGCCUUUGUGCUGCUGCACGUGCCGGUCGGACUGCUGUAUGUCGGGCUGUUGUUCUGGCACACCAAGAACUUUUUGCACUCGUGGGCGUACCUGUACGCGACGUGCGCCAUCUUCGGGGCGUGCCAGCUGUGGCGGCUGGCGAAGCUCAACUGGACGCGCCCGUGGAGGCUGGCCUUUCUGGUGGGCGACGAGGCGGCGAUCUCGCUGAUGGCGGAAGACGCGAUCAAGAUCACGAUCCCGACGCAGAUGCGAUGGCAGCCAGGCCAGUACGUGUACCUGCGGAUGCCGGGCAUCUCGCUGUUUGAGAACCACCCGUUCACGGUGUCGUCACUGUGCAGCGAGGACUUCCCGUCGGCCUACGGUGAUGCAUACCGCGACUGCGUGCUCGUCUUCCGGCCGUACGGCGGCUUCACACGGCGCGUGCUGGACACGGCCGUUUCCAAGGGACCCUUCCACACAUACCGAGCCUUUCUAGACGGGCCAUACGGCGGGAUGCGGCGCGAGCUGGCCGCUUUUGACACGUGCAUUCUGAUUGCCGGCGGCUCGGGCAUCACGUCGCUGAUGUCGCAGCUGCUGAACCUGAUCAAGCGGAUGCGUGACGGCAAGGCCAUCACCAAGCGGAUUGUCGUCGUCUGGGCGCUGCGCCGCCUCGAGGCCAUGGACUGGUUCCGCGAGGAGCUGCGCAUCUGCCGCGAGUCGGCGCCGCCCGAGUCUGUGACCUGCAAGUUCUUUGUCACGGCGGCGACGCGCGCAGAGCAUCGAAACCCGCAUCUCGGCGGAGAUGCUCUCGGCCUGUUCGGCGGGCCCGAUGCGACGACGAGCAGCGUUGUCUUCACCCCGGGCAUGGGAGGCAUGGGUGCCCACCACCAACAGCGCGCACCCCGACCGCUCAGCAACCUCUUCCACGACCGGCUCGACGGGUUCGUGGCCGGCAUCGCAUCCAAGCGCAAUUCAGCCCUCAUUGUGGCCGAGGCCCAGGGCGAUCCCGAGGUUGAGCGACAGCUGCGCGCCGAAGACGAGGACCGCAUCACAGCCCUGCCCCAGCAAAAGUACCUGCAGCCGUACCAGAUGCAGGUCCCGCUGCCGGACGAGUCGCUGCGCCGGCUGGAGGGCCGUGGAGAGAAGCAGGCGGCCCAAGCGACCGAGGCGUCUCAGCCUGGCGAGUUCCACUUCACGCCGCAUCCACGAACAGACGCGCCGCACUUUAACCUGGCGCCACCAGUCCUGGCAGCGAGAGAGGCAGUGGGCUCGGGCGAAGACGAGGGUGAGAACGAGAACGAGACGACGUCGGAAGCCCAGAUGCGGCCGCCAGAGUUGGCACACCUGCGGACAGACAGCGGGCCGACGUCGACGUUUGGGCCGCCGUCCGGCUUCGACUUUGGCUUCCCGGAGACGCCGACGGAGUUCCAGCGAUCGCUGAUGCGGUUCGCCUUUCCGGUGCCGCACCAGAUCGACGGCGGCUGGAGCGUGGAGUACGGACGACCGGACCUGGGCUACAUGCUGCACGAAUGGGCCCGAGGGGGGGCAGACGGGCGCGGCAUUCUGGGACGGCGUACAGCCGUGUUUGUGUGUGGGCCAGCGAGCAUGCGGGUGGGCGUGGCGACGACGGUGGCAGCGCUGCAGGCGGAGAUCUGGGGGGACGACAUGUUGGAGGAGAUAUUUCUGCACACGGAGAACUAUGCGUUGUAG